GCACGCUGCGGAGCCGGCUCGCCGCCCGGCCUUCCAGCGUACGGCACCGGGAGCCCCGAGACCCGCAGGGAGAGCCGUGACACCGUCCGGGAGCAGCCGGUGGCGACAGACAAGGUUGCAGGCAAGCUGAGCUCCACUCUCUCAUGGGUGAAGAACACGGUGUCGCACACCGUCAGUCAAAUGGCCAGCCAGGUGGCGAGUCCAUCUGCCUCCCUCCACACCACAUCCCCCUCCACCACCCUCUCCACACCCGCCCUCUCACCAUCCUCGCCGACACAGCUCAGCCCCGACGACUUGGAAUUACUGGCUAAACUUGAGGAGCAGAACAGACUCUUGGAAACAGAUAGCAAAUCGUUACGAUCAGUAAAUGGGUCAAGAAGAAAUAGUGGAUCUUCCCUUGUAUCUAGUUCAUCAGCUUCUAGCAAUCUCAGCCAUCUUGAAGAAGACUCGUGGAUCCUGUGGGGGCGGAUUGUGAAUGAAUGGGAAGAUGUACGGAAAAAGAAAGAAAAGCAAGUUAAGGAGCUGGUUCGAAAAGGGAUACCUCAUCACUUCAGAGCAAUUGUUUGGCAACUUUUAUGCAGUGCUCAAAGCAUGCCAAUUAAGGAUCAGUAUUCAGAGCUUUUAAAAAUGACAUCUCCUUGUGAAAAAUUAAUAAGAAGGGACAUUGCUAGAACAUACCCUGAGCAUGAUUUUUUCAAAGAAAAAGAUAGCCUUGGGCAGGAGGUCUUGUUCAACGUAAUGAAGGCUUACUCUUUGGUGGAUCGUGAGGUUGGAUACUGUCAAGGAAGCGCUUUUAUAGUUGGAUUACUGCUUAUGCAGAUGCCAGAAGAAGAGGCAUUCUGUGUGUUUGUUAAAUUAAUGCAAGAUUACAGACUACGAGAACUCUUUAAACCAAGCAUGGCUGAACUGGGCCUUUGUAUGUACCAGUUUGAAUGCAUGAUACAGGAACAUCUUCCAGAGCUUUAUGUGCACUUUCAGUCUCAAAGUUUUCACACUUCUAUGUAUGCAUCGUCAUGGUUUUUAACUAUAUUCCUUACAACUUUUCCACUACCAAUUGCAACGAGAAUAUUUGAUAUCUUUAUGUCUGAGGGUUUAGAGAUAGUAUUUAGAGUAGGUUUAGCAUUACUUCAGAUGAACCAGGCAGAAUUACUGCAACUUGACAUGGAAGGAAUGUUACAGCACUUUCAAAAGGUCAUUCCACAUCAGUUUGACAGUGGUCCAGACAAAUUAAUCCAAGCAUCUUACCAAGUCAAAUACAAUGCAAAAAAGAUGAAAAAGCUAGAAAAGGAGUACACUACAAUAAAGACAAAAGAAAUGGAAGAACAAGUUGAAAUUAAAAGGUUACGAACUGAAAAUAGACUCCUGAAACAGCGCAUUGAAACACUAGAAAAAGAAAGUGCUUCCUUGGCAGAUAGAUUGAUACAGGGACAAGUGACAAGGGCCCAGGAGGCUGAGGAAAACUACCUCAUAAAACGGGAGCUGGCCACCAUCAAACAGCAGAGUGAUGAGGCCAAUACUAAACUGGAGCAAGCUGAGAAUACCAUCAGGGAGCUCCAGCAACAGCAGCAAUGGCAUAAAUGCAGUUCACGAUACAGUGAAGACUUUGUGCUACAGCUGGAAAAAGAGCUGGUCCAAGCCAGGCUGAGUGAAGCAGAAUCCCAUUGUGCCCUGAAGGAGAUGCAAGAUAAAGUUCUAGAGAUGGAAAAGAGGAACAGUUCCCUUCCUGAUGAGGAAAAUGUUGCCAGACUACAAGAAGAACUGAUUGCAGUAAAAUUAAGAGAAGCAGAAUCUUUGAUGGGUCUCAAAGAACUAAGACAGCAAGUCAAAGAUUUGGAGGAACACUGGCAGCGUCACCUAGCUCGUACCACUGGAAGAUGGAAAGAUCCUCCCAAAAAAAAUGCAGUGAAUGAGCUCCAGGAUGAGCUGAUGACAGUGCGCUUGAGAGAAGCAGAAACCCAGGCUGAACUGAAAGAGACCAAGCAAAGAAUGAUGGAGGUGGAGACACAGAACCAGAUCAAUAGCAAUCACUUACGAAGGGCAGAGCAGGAGCUCACCAACCUACAGGAGAAGGUGCAGUAUCUUUCUGCACAGAACAAAGGACUCCUGGCUCAGUUGAAUGAAGCAAAACGUAGACAAGCAGAGAUUGAAUGCAAGAGUAAAGAAGAGGUGAUGGCAGUGCGGCUCCGUGAGGCAGAGCGCAUCGCAGCUGUGGCAGAGCUCCAGCAGCACAUCGCUGAAUUAGAAAUCCAGAAAGAAGAAGGAAAAAUUCAAGGGCAGCUUAAUAAAUCUGAUUCUAACCAGUACAUCAGAGAGCUGAAAGAUCAGAUAGCUGAGCUGCAUCAUGAGAUCAAAUGUCUAAAAGGCCAGAGAAGCUUCUCAGACCAACCCACUUUUGAUGGGAUUCACAUUGUCAACCAUUUCACCGGAGAUGAUGAAUCAUUUCAUUCUUCUGAUGAAGAUUUUCUAACUAACUCCAUACAGGAGAGUGGGGUGAACUUUCAUCUUCCCAGGAGGACUGGUCAGAUGUCUUUGGAUCACACACUUGUAGACAGCAGUGACAGUGAUACUGAGGAAAGUGUCCUUCAGACUGGGAAUUCAGACAAGAUGGUUUCCAAGCAGAGAAGAACAGAAUCUUACUCUACUACUGUGUGAUUAUCACUGUGACUAGCACUGAAGACUUCCAUAUUUCUUUAAGGCUGAAAGUUUGAGGGAACUGAAACCAUCCAGCAGUUGGUUUAAGUAACUAUUGGAUUGGUCUGGCCUGUGAUAAAUAUAUACAAGUACUGUCUAUCUGCCUUCUCUCUUUGCCAAAUCUUGCUAAUGACAUACCAUUGCCAUAAAACAGGCUGGGAAGAAGUUGAUGGAUGACAGUUUUGACAGUAUUACUGAAUGUUCUUUGGUUUAGAAACUGCAAAUAUAUAAUUUCUUUAAUGUGUAAGAAGCAGUUUUGCUGUUCACAAACACAGGAAUUAUUUUCCUCAAAAGAAAUUGCUUUUGUGCAAUAUUUUAUGCUCUGAACAAAUGUGUAUGUUUUACAUUGUUAUCCUUUUGUGAUCAAGAUGGACCCUAGUAAACCAUCUGAUCAUGACACACAUAUAUAUAUAAUUAUCUUAUGCUUCUCAAUUAGUUUUGGUUUUUUACUAAAGUUAUUGGAUGCCCACAGAAGGCUUGAAAGGCAAGCCUUUAUCUGUACUACUUCAUAUAUGCAAAUAAUGGUCACUAAUGUCAUAAAGGUGUUUUUCACCGUUUUCACUUAAAUCUAUGUGCAUCUGCUUUUGAUGUUGCUAAAUAAUAAAUGGUCUGAAUAUGUUAAUUACAAUAAUGUUUAUUUUGUACAUAUUUAUGUAUCUACACCAAGCUGAAACUGUACAUUACUCCAUUUUAUAUGAGGAAUGUAAAUGUUGCGAUAUUACUGUCUCUGGUAUUCUAACAGGAAAAUGAAUUCUGUAUAUACACACUAAAAGUGAAUUACUAAAUAAAGGCAAAACACUAACUUUGCAUUAAGUUUCAGCCUAGCUACACUAACAGGCUCAUGUCAGAAAUGCUUGUUCAAAACACUAUUGACUGAAAUCUUUUACCUUCAUGUAUAUGUAAUGAAAAUAAAUUUUUCAUGAUUUAACAAGG